CGGUUCCCCCCCUUGCAUCCUCGUCUACACCCCUCCUGCCCCUCCAAAUAUAUUCCCCCCCCCACCCCGCGAUUGACAUCAUCCCUCACUCACCUCUCCAAACCCAAACCCCUCCUCCCUCUCACCACCGCAACAUUACCAUCACCACCACCAACAAAACACUCACAAUACCCACGAACCUAUACUACAACUCACAAACCACCCAACAUGGCCGUCUCCUCCCCCCUCAUCAAGCUCAAUAGCGGCGCCUCCAUGCCCGCCCUCGGCUUCGGCACCUUCGCCUCCGUCGGUUCCCCAGGCGAAACGCACCGCGCCGUCGUCGCCGCCUUGUCGGCGGGUUACAGACACCUAGACUGCGCGUGGUUCUACCAGAACGAAGACGAGGUAGGCACUGGGAUCAAGGAGUUCCUAGACGCCCACAAGGACGUUAAGCGCGAGGACCUGUUCAUCUGUACGAAGGUGUGGCAACAUUUGCAUGAGCCGGCGGAUGUGGAGUGGAGUAUCAAUGAUUCGUUGAAGAAGUUGGGGCUGGAGUAUGUGGAUUUAUUCCUUAUCCACUGGCCGUUUGCUGCGGAGAGGAAUGAGGAUCGCAGCGUCAAGAUCGGUGCGGAUGGGAAGUACAUCAUCAACAAAGCCCUAACCGAAGACCCAACCCCCACCUGGCGCGCGAUGGAAUCCCUCGUCGCCAGCGGCAAGGCCAAAUCCAUCGGCGUCUCCAACUACACCAUCGCCGGUCUAAAACAGCUCCUCUCCCUCGCCAAGAUCCCGCCCGCAGUAAACCAGAUCGAGAUCCACCCCUUCCUCCCCAACCAAGAGCUCAUCGACUUCUGCCGCUCCGUAGGCGUCGUUCCCGUCGCCUACUCCCCUCUGGGAUCGCAAGACCAGGUUCCAGGGACUGGGGAGAAGGUGGCCACAAAUAAGGAUCUGAUUGCGGUGGCAGAGAAGAAUGGGGUUAGUCUUGCGCAAGUCCUGAUUGCGUGGGGGAUUAGGAGGGGGUAUGCGGUGCUGCCGAAGAGUAGUAAUGAGGCGAGGAUCAAGAGUAAUGCGCAGUUGAUUAAGUUGAGUGAUGAGGAUUUUGAGGCGGUGAAUAAGGUGGCGGAGAGCAGGAAGACGAGGUUUGUGAAUAUGAAGGAUACGUUUGGGUAUAAUGUGUGGCCGGAGGAGAAGUAGAGGGUAGGGAAUUGGGGGUUGAAAGACUAGCUGGUCAAGAGGGCUUUAUGAAGAAAGGGACUGGCUCUAGAUAGCUUGAAAUAAAAG